CAUGAUUGUCACAAAACAAGGAGAACAGGUUCUUCCACACUGGCCCCAUAGAAUAUCGCGCUUUAUUUACAAAAGGCAGAAAGGGGAGAUCGGUGCAAAGGUGGCAGGAGAGAGUAACCAGAGACAUUCCCCAGGUUUUCCUGGCUGUAGUCUGACAGCAGGUCUGUGGGAGUGAGAGACGAGAUGCUUGAACUGUCGAUGGGUCAUUUGGAUCAACUCUUUUCUCAGUGACAUUCUUUGACCGGAACAAAAACCAAAGAGCAUCGGCAGCAAGUUUUACUCAGAAAUCCCAGUGGAGCUAUUUCAUCCUGUAACCAAUGGCAACAGUCCAGACCCUGUCCUUGCCCCAAGACCUCAACAAAAGCAUUGGUGCAGCAGACACCACAUCCGCUUUGGCAUCCGGCCGCUUCAUCAUGGGAAGUGUAGGCAGCCUUAUUGAGAAGCCAGACGUGUCGCUUACCAAGAGCAAUAGAGCCGUUCCACAGGUACCAGGACACCAGAACCACGGCCUGCUCAAGAAGGGUUUCAACCAGAGAGAGCUGCUUAACUACCUGAACAUAACCAAGAAGGAAGCGAAAAGCAGCAAGCACAUCAUCUCUGGGACGUCCUCCAUCAAGAGAGAGCACAGGAGAGAGGAGGAGGAUUUCUACAAUAAGGUCUACCACAGGGAUGGAAAGGAGGUUGAUUUGGGAAAGAACUCACUUCCCAUAGGUGGAAAGUUUGACAAGCCACGUUUCAGGCCUUCUGCCUUUAAACCGGUCACUCCAAAAAACUUCAGUUCCAUGCAGAACCUCUACCCAUCCAAGUCGGAGGACCUCGAGUGCGGCUUAACCAACGGCAUGCAUCCAUCAUACGCCAAAGCAGCACCCAAAUCACUGUCCACCUCUUCUACUUCCUCUUCCCCGUCACGACCUGGCACGAGUGCCAGCAAAGGCAUGCUACCAGCAGCCCGGGGACUCAGCCAAGAAGAAGAGAACACAUCGGACUCAGGGCACAACUCCAUGAACAGCCUGCCGCCCUAUCGGCCGCCGUUCCGCCCUCACUUGGGGCAAAUCAGUGCCUCUAUGGGUCACAUCAACCACAUUGGCACCCUGGAUCGGACCUCACUGGGCUCCAAAGGUGCCGCAUCCACCAUCACGGACGUGUCCUGCCAGAGCAUGGCUACGUUGAACCGCCUGCAGUGCUAUGGCAGCGAGGCCCCACCCCCCUACGAGCUGUCGCACUCGCUGGAGGACGUGGUGAGGGACCUGGAGGAGCAUCUGCAGGAGAAGGAGUACGAGCUGAGGCAGAUGAGAAGGAACCUGGAUGAGAGCGAAGACGCCAUUGCACAGGUAUUUGAAGGGAAGCAGCGUCUCUGGGAGAAGGAAGUGACAGAGUUGAAGCACCUGUACAUUGCCAAACUGCAUCAGGUAUCGCAGCAGUCCCAGCGUUCACAGCGAAACCUGCAGCUGCAGAUCUAUAAGGCACAGCAGGAACGUUACCGGCUGCAGGAGGAGCUGGAUGCUGUUCGGCUCGAAUGUCAGACCCUAAAGAGUCAAGACCCAAUGACACACAGCCAGAACAAUAAUCCCCAGCUGGAGGAGACUCAAUGGGAGGUCUGUCAGAAGUCAGGAGAGAUUUCUUUACUGAAGCAACAGUUGCGGGACUCUCAGGCAGAGGUCACCCAGAAGCUGAGCGAAAUCUUCUUCUUAAAGACACAGCUGCACGAGGCGCGCAAUCAGAUCCGGGCCAAAGACAGUCAGAUGGACAUGCUGAAGAUGGCCCUACAGGGUGCCCGGCAGAAAUGCCCCUUGCCUGCUUCUGAGGAUGCUCGAUUGGACUCGGGAGACACCGGAGGAGCCAGUGCCACAGAGGAGCGUCUCAGAGCUGAAUUGCUGCUGGAGAGGCGGCAGAACGAGGCGCAGGCUUCGGCCUUCGAGGCUGAGAGGAGCACGUGGCAGAACGAAAAGGAGAAGGUGAUACAGUACCAGAAGGAGCUGCAGGCCAGCUACCUCGAGAUGUACCACAAGAGCGAGGCCUUGGAAAGAGAGCUGGCAAUGCUGAGAGGGGACAAGGCUAGAGUGGAAGGGGAGGGAGUAGGGGGCGGGGAUGCGAGCGGAGCAUAUCAAGAAGAGAAACCGCCCACUGGUCUGCCCUGGAUAGAGAGGAUUGAGUCCUCUGAAAUCUGAUUUAGUGAGUGUUGUUUGGCUUCUCAGAUUAGGCUGAUGUCAGAACCUCUGGCUCCUAAUCUGAGUUUAACUUUUAAGACGAAUAAUGAAACUACUGUAUAAACUGCAUACACACAUGAACCAAAAGCAUAAUAGAGGUGCAAAAUGAACAUUAUGGGAUGUUUUGUGAAGUAUUGAAAAGGAUUUUGGGAACAGCUUUUUUCUUUCUUUUUUUUUUGCAAAUUAAAUUAUCAGCUUGAUUGGAAUGUUCUAACACUAUUUUUCCACAAUAUUACACCCGUUUCAUAUGAAGAGGGCAGUUUAUGAUAAAUCACAACUUAAAGCAUCAUGCUGCCGCUCUUCAAAGACUGAAAUCUGAAGUAUAUGGAGACAAUGUGUUCUUGUGCAUUCCCUACAAAGCAUGUUGCACUUUAAAGGCAUGCAACUUAAAGAGUUGCUGCUUUUUUUGUCUUUUGCAUAAAAAAGACAUCCCUUAUAAAGCAUUUCAAGCUACUCUGUGUAUUGAUGUGAUCUGGUGGGCCUUUUCUGCACUUUUGACCUUAAAUUUCCAUAAAUGCAUGAAUGUAUAAUGACAAUUCAGGAGUUUUUAUGCAAAUGUGUGUACAAACUCAACAAAAAAAUAACUCUUUAGCUGAACUGGACUCAAUCAUGGACAGUGGUUCCACAUGUUUGAAAUGAGUUUUCUUAAAUUCAGUUAGGUUCCCUCUACUUGAAGUAUUUAGGUUGAAAUCAAAUGACAAUUUUCCAUGUAAUUUCGACUGAAAUCAAGUAGAGGGAACAUAACUGAAUCAAGUAAACCCAACAUAAUUUAAUAUGUCAAAAUAACUCAAAUGAAGUGAUAUGCUAGCUAGUGACAGUAAAUGUUAGCAUGCUAAUUACAUAGUGAGAAGCACUACUGAGUGCAACUUGUUCACUCUCCUGGUUAGCACAGCAAUUGCUCAAGCUCCACUCUACAUGAAGGUCUCCGUCUUUAUAUUAGUCUUGCACAGACACAUAACAUAACACUUUUAACAUUUACUCUCCCUGUAAAGUCCCAUGCAAUGCAUGCUUGGAACUAGAAAUCCUCUGCCCAGUUUCAGUUAGCCAAACAAAAAAUAUCCAUGUUGUCCCAACGCACAUGGACUAAGUAAAGCUCACAAGACACUUUUUUUAAGUUGAAUAAACUCAUUUAAAUUAAGUUCCCUUGGUUACAUGAUUUAUUUUUUUUUGUAGUAUGGACAUGGCAGGAUUGAGUAAAACUGACUAGAGUGAAAACGUAUUAUUUUUUUUGGAGUGCAGGACAAUUGAAUAGACUUGGAUGUUGUUGAUAAUAAGGUCCCAGGUUAUUAUAUCUUCACCUAGCAAACUACUGUAACAUUAAAAACUACUUCAUUUAAUCUUUUAUUUCAUGUAUUAAUUAGAUUUGUACUAUACAGGUCUGGUGUUCUUUACCUCAGUGUCACAUAAACCUUGGCAUUUUACUUUAAAUUGACUGAAGAUUUUCCUUUGCUCUGAAAUAAUAAAAACUGUAUUCCAGUUAGUGUAAAAUAAAAGUUAAAAACAUGUCUUCCAUUAAUUAUUACUCUAUAUUUUAUUCUUAAUUACCCUUGAUAAAAGUCUAACCUUAUUUAUAACCUUGAUAAAGUUUUCAUUGGGCUGGACUCCUAUAACUGAUGCCUAUUAUAAGUUAAUGCCUCAGGGGAAGAAUGUAACUUCACAGAGCCCCGGCACACCUGCACAUCAGAUCCGGAUCUAUUGAGAGGAAUUUUGUGCUUGAUGGAUCAGAAUGGGCCAUUGUCAUGAGGACAAUAAGGAGUCUAUUCUGUCUCUGUAUAGAGACUUAAAUUGGUCCUUUAAGAAAAGAAAACGGCUUUCACAAAGUUCUCUGGUACUUUAAGAAAAUUAACAUGGCCAUCGACUUUUUUGAAAAACUUCUUUCAGAUAACUGAUCCGCUGAAUGAACGAUGUUUUCUGUUCCUUUAUUAUUUAUUGACAGAAAAGGUGGCACUUGUUUUCUGAAUUAAAAAACGGA